AUGAAAGCUCUUAAACCUCUUCCUUUCUCUUCUUCCUUAUAUUGCCUUUGGCUAUUUCUCUUUGUUUCAUCACUUUCCACCUUUUGUCUUUGUAAUCAUAACUCUGAUCCUGUACUUUGUAUACCCACCGAACGAUUGGCUCUUAUCCAGCUCAAGAACGAUCUCAUUGAUCGUUCCAACCGUCUAUCAUCAUGGCUUGGCAAAGAUUGUUGCAGUUGGUCCGGUGUGGUCUGUGACAAUUCCACUGGUCACGUCCACGAGAUUCACCUUCGUGGACCUGAUGAUGGAAUUAGUGGCCAUUGUCAUGGAUCUUAUGACACGGAAAAUGAACUUUUAGAAGCAUCAAAACAAAUGUUAGGAGGAACCAUAAGUCCUGCUUUGAUCAACUUAACACAACUCAGGUACCUAGACUUGAGCUGUAACGAUUUUAACUUAACCUCAAUACCAUCGUUCAUUGGCUCGUUUAAGAAUUUGACCUAUCUUAACAUCUCAAGUUCGCAAUUCGGUGGGGACAUCCCUCACCACCUAGGAAAUCUUUCUACGUUACGUGUGCUAGAUCUUUACAGUGUUUCCUUUUUUUGGGAUCUUCAUUCAAGUAGCUUGGAAUGGUUACGUAGUCUCAAAUCGUUGGAACACCUAAAUAUGGGUCGAAUUGGCCUUGUAGACGCUUCAGAUUGGUUAGAGGUGAUUAGUACACUUCCUUCUUUGCUAGAACUACAUCUUCCUUCAUGUGGGUUAACUCAAAUUCAUAAUAAUCAAACUAGUGUUGAUUUUACUUCCCUGACUGUCCUAGAUCUUUCGGAUAACCUCUUUGAUAGUUUGUUGCCCGGGUGGAUUUUUAGUCUACGUAGUUUAGAUGUAUUAGAUCUUACUGGCUGUUAUUUUCAUGGUCUAGAUACCGGAAUUCAUGGUGGUUUCCAUAGCAUGCCUUCUUUGAGCUCUCUCCGUGUUUCAAGUAACACAUUUAUGAACUCUUCAUGGUUGCUAAAAGGUUUGCCGAGCUUAACUAAUCUUCGUUUUCUUGAUGUUAGUAACUGCAAUAUUUCUGCGCCGCUUCUUGGAAGCCUAAAAAACUUGUCUUUGAUUGUUCAUCUCGACUUAGCCAACAAUAAGAUGGUUGAGGAGAUACCUACGUCUUUAAGUAAUCUAUGUAAUUUAAAACACCUUGAUCUCCAAGUUGGUCGACUACCUGAAAAACUAGGAAGAGUGAAGAAUCUAGGAAGCAUUGAUCUUUCUUACAAUCAGUUAACAGGGACCAUUCCAGAUUCAUUAGGAAGUUUGUCACUCUUGAAAACAUGUCAACUCAUGUUAAAUCAACUCUCGGGUCCAAUCCCAUAUACAAUUGGUGAUUUAUCGUCUUUGACUUUCGUGGAUCUUUCAUCCAAUAAUUUAAAUGCAAGUCUUCCCGAAAGUGUUGGACGACUGGGGAACCUGGAAUUUUUAGCUCUUCAUCACAAUUCAUUAGAGGGUGUUUUAACUGAAAAACACUUCUUCAAUCUAACAGCCUUGAAAACUUUGUGGAUUGGGGACAAUAAGUUAGUCUUUAAGCUAAAUGCUAACUGGAAUCCGCCAUUCCAUCUUGAUGUUUUAAGAGUAGGUUCUUGCAGUCUAGGCCUUCGGUUUCCAUCGUGGAUUAAAACACAAACAGACCUAACUGAGUUAGACUUAUCCAGCUCAAACAUAUCUGACAUCAUUCCUGAUUGGAAUUGGUUACAAUUAUCGAGUAGUGUAAGAUACUUGAAUAUAUCCCACAAUAACAUUCAAGGAAAGUUGGGAGAUGUUAGUUUUCUUACACCCGGAGGAGUACUAGAUCUGAGUGACAAUCAAAUACUUGGUGUAUUACCUGGGUUUUUCAAUAAACCCGACUUGAGUUUCCUAGAUAUUUCGAACAAUUCUCUUUCAGGAUCGCUAAAUCAGUUCUUGUGUUCUGGCAUCCAAGAACCGAGACAAUUAAGUGUUCUUAAUUUAGCAAACAAUAACAUGUCAGGAGGUAUUCCAGAUUGUUGGAUGAAUUGGGAGUCUCUAGUUUUCUUGAACCUAGAGAAAAACAAAUUUUCUGGUAUAAUUCCACCCUCGAUAGGAAAUCUUCCUUCUUUGUUAGCAUUGGAUAUGCGCGGCAACAAGCUAUUUGGGAACUUACCGGUGUCUUUAAUGAAUUCCAAGACCUUAAUAAUAAUUGAGCUUGCAGAAAACGAGCUUAAUGGAAGAAUACCGGGAUCAAUAGGGAGAGACAAUACAAGUCUAAAGCUUCUAAGUCUUAGUUCAAACAAGCUAGAGGGUAAAAUACCAAAUGAAAUAUGUCGUCUCAGUUCUAUUCAGAUCAUGGAUCUUUCUCAUAAUGAUCUUUCUGGGGACCUACCGACAUGUUUUACAAACUUCAGUGUCAUUUCUGGAAGUGAAGAGAUCUCAAGUCCAUUUCUGCUUUAUGAUUCGCUUUUCCAAAAUCAAGUUCUGGGGACUGCAUCGUUGGUGACAAAGGGUCGAGUACCUAAAUUUGUCACAAAAUGA